AAGAAGUAAAACUACACAUCAGAGAUACAUAAAGGAAUAGCAAGCAUUCCUAUCACAGACACUGAAUAAAGAAUGGAGGUCUGUUUCUCCAUUUUGAAAUGAGGCCACAAGAGGUCGCUGUUUCCUAAGGAAAGCCUCUAAGUGAAACUGAAAAUGCGGAGCCCCUCCCUUAAAGGGACCGACAUUCCUGCCGGCCAGAUCCACAAGGGAAAUAUCGAACAACAGAGAAAUCUCAACAAGCCAAAAUCCAACCUAUGAAAACUUGCCAGUAUGGCUGGGCUACGUGGGCUCCGCUCCUGACCCCUUGAAGGCAAGGUAUUAGAGAAAAAGAGAAGAGCUUGCGGUGCUGUGCCUGUGUCUGCGAUGCUUACCUGGCCGACGGGGCUGCUGCAGCUGCUUCUGCUCCAGACCGCCUGGAAAAUGGGGAGCGGCCAGCUCCAUUAUUCUGUGCUGGAGGAAUCCCAGCACGGCACCUUUGUGGGCCGCAUCGCCCAGGAUCUGGGGUUGGAGGUGAGCGAGCUGGUGCCUCGGAUGUUCCGGAUGCUGUCCAAAGGAGAGGAGGACUAUUUUGAGGUAAACCUGCAGAAUGGGAUCUUGUUUGUAAAUUCCCGGAUAGACAGGGAGGAGCUGUGUGCCAAGACUGCAGACUGUGUCCUUCAUCUGGAGGUGAUUGUGGAGAAACCUCUGAGGUUCUUCCAUGUGGAGGUUGAAGUCAAAGACAUGAAUGACAAUGCUCCCGUCUUCUCUGCCAGGGAACAGAUCCUGAGCAUGGCUGAACUCACAACAGCAUCUGGUACCCGAUUCCCUUUAGAGGGAGCCUCUGAUGCAGAUAUUGGUACUAAUGCUCUGUUAACCCACAGGCUCAGCCCAAACAAAUAUUUUGCUCUUGAUACAGGAAAUGAUGAAGAUGGGAGUACAUCUGUAGUACUUGUGUUAAAGGUUCCACUUGACAGGGAGGAGAGCCCUGUGCAUCAUUUAGUACUGACAGCCACUGAUGGGGGUGAACCAAAACUCACAGGAACUGUUCAGCUGGUCAUCAAUGUGCUGGAUGUUAAUGACAACCCUCCUGUAUUUAAUCAAUCUGUUUAUAGGGUAAAAUUGCUAGAAAACACUUCUAGUGGGUCAUUAGUUAUUACUCUGAAUGCAACAGAUUUAGAUGAGGGGAUUAAUAGGGAAAUAUUGUAUUUUUUUAGUAACAAAGUACCUACACAUGUCUCAAAGCUAUUUAGUAUAAAUUCUGAUAUUGGGGAAAUCAGAAUAAUUGGAAAAUUGGAUUACGAAGAAAGUAAGUUCUAUGAACUUCCAAUUGUAGCAGAAGAUAAAGGCAAUUCUCCAUUAUUUGGACACUGUAAGGUUCUCAUAGAAGUAUUGGACAUAAACGACAAUAUUCCAGAAUUAUCUGUGAAUUCUCUCUCUGUGUCACUGCCAGAGGACUCCCCUCCAGGGACUGUGGUAGCCAUCCUCAGUGCUUCUGACAGGGAUUCUGGCACCAAUGGACAAAUCAACUGUUUCCUCUUGCCCACUGGAGUACCCUUCAGACUCGAAUCCACAUUCAAGAACUACUACUCCCUGACUGUUGGUGCAGUCUUAGAUCGAGAGCAGGUGGCUGAGUACAGGAUGGUUGUGACAGUGGAAGAUCAGGGUGUUCCAGCCCUGUCUUCUAGCAUCAGCCUCUUAGUGCCUAUCAGUGACAUAAAUGAUAAUGCUCCAACUUUUCCACAGCCCUCUUACACAGUCUUUGUGAAAGAGAACAAUCCCCCUGGUGCUCACAUCUUCACAGUAUCUGCCUUGGACCCAGAUGUAGCUGAGAAUGCCCUGAUCACCUAUUGGAUAGAUGAGAAGCUAUGGCCAUUGACAAGCUACAUCUCUGUACAUUCGGAGAGUGGAAAGCUCUAUGCUCUGCAGUCCUUGGACUAUGAGGAGUUGAAACUGCUGGAGUUCCAGGUGAGAGCCAAGGAUGCUGGAAUGCCCUCCUUGUGUGGCAAUGCGACUGUUCAGGUAUUUGUGCUGGACGAGAAUGACAACGCACCUGCCGUGACAGGAUCAUCAGAAGAGAACCUGAUUCUUCUGGUGGUCCCCGUGAUGCCUGGGCAUAUUGUUGGCAAGAUCCAUGCCUUGGAUGCAGAUUCUGGCUACAAUGCGUGGCUCAGGUAUGAACUGGUUGAAGAAAGCAGUGGUCCAUGGUCUGUGGGGCAGUAUAGCGGUGAGGUGAGUACCAAAUAUCCUCUGGAUGAAUCAGAAGGAGGCAAAAUCCAAAAUGUUCUGGUUCUUGUGAAGGACCAUGGAAAGCCUCAGCUCUCAGCCACAGCUACCCUGAGUGUGUCUCUGGUGACAAGUGGUCAGACAAUCAAAACUGAUAUUAAUCUUCAAAGGUCAGGGGAGAGCUUUGUGCCCCUUGUGGACUCGAUCAACGUCUAUCUGAUCAUUGCCAUCUGCUCUGUUUCCAGCCUCUUCUUGCUGGCCAGUCUCAUCUACGUGGCCCUGCGAUGCCACUGCAAGGCAAAGGAAUCCAUGGUUUAUGGCCCUGGCAUGGCCACCCUGGUCUGUGCCAGUGAAGUGGGCAGCUGGUCCUAUUCCAAUCGCCACAGCCACAUCCUGGCAGGGGUGAGCACAGAGGCUGGUGCCAAGAGUGACCUCAUGAUUUUCAGUCCCAACAUUCCUGUCUUUUCAGAUAAUGGGGAACUAAUCAAUGGGGUUGAUGUGCCCCCAGAUUCUGCUAAAAAGGGUGGAGGAGAUGGAACACUGGACAAUUCCAAUUUUAUAAGCACAAACAUUUCUUGUUGGUGGUUUCUACAUUCAAGCUACUCUACCUAAGCAAUAAAAAACUACAGUAAAGGUUUUUGAAAAACAAAAACAGAUAAACCCUCUAGAUCAGGGGUGUCAAACUCGCAACGUCACAUGACGUGUCGUGAUGUGUGAAAAAUAAAGGUACAAAUUUCUUCAUAAUGGUUAGAUGUUUAGUAGGUGUGUGUGUGUGUGUGUAUAAAGGAAAAAAAUGGAAAAUUCUCAUGUGAGGUUAUUUAGCGACAUUAAGUCAUUUGAAAUAAAAAAGAGUAAAGUUUGAAUUUCACUAUCUUUUCUGUCUCAAAAGAUUUAGUACAAGAUUUAGUACAUAAGCUAAGCAUCAUAUGAAAUACACAGAUUAGAUUAAUUGCAACAUAUAAUUUACUUCAGGAAUAAGCCACUUAAGACAUCACAUGAGUUUUGAGAACUUGCUUUUUAAAUUUGCCUAAAAAGUUCAAGAGCUGCAUAUCCAGCCAAGAUCUGAGAAAUAAAACUAAAAAGUACUUCUGCUUUCAUAGCAUUUGAAUAACCUUAUGCAGUUCUUUGGAAUUAAUGUUUGUGAUCUUGGUCAAAAGUCUGAUUCAAAUGGUUUGCAACUAAUUCAACUUUCUCUCACUUGUCUGGUGCUCCUCUAUUGGGAACAAUGGGAAAGAGGGCCAGAGAAGCAGACAAAUAUCCAUUCCAUUCCAUUCCAUUCCAUUCCAUGAAAGCACCAAGGGUUGAAUGUAAGACCUAAAUUAAUAUAAUAGUUAAAAAACAAAAGGAAAACUACACAUCAGAGAUACAUAAAGGAACAGCAAUCCCUCAAAGGAAAAAAGUAUCACAGACGCUGAAUAAAAGAAUGGAGGUCUGUUUCUCCAUUUCGAAACGCGGUCACAAGAGGUCGCUGUUUCCUAAGGAAAGCCUCUAAGUGAAACUGAAAAUGCAGAGCCCCUCCCUUAAAGGGACCGACAUUC